AUGAGUGGAGCAGUAUCGAAUGGGAAGGAGCAGGAGAUGCAAGAUGGGGAGGAGGAUAGAGAGGAGGCUGGGGAGGAGAGUUGGGAGGGGAGUGCAGAGGGGAUUGAGGAGGAGGAUGAUGGAGGGGUGGAUGGAGAGGAGGAUGGAAGGGAAGAUGGAAGGGAGGAUGGAAGGGACAAUGAGGAUCAGUGUGCACAUAACCUGGCAGAGCUUAUCAUAGAUGCCCCUUAUGCGCCAAAGAUCACAGAUAACGAGAGUUUGCUGCCCGAGGAUGGGCUGGAAGUGGGACCAGUCACGGGAGGAGCAGGUAAUCUGGCCGAGCUGAUUGCAGAUGUCUUCGAGUUUCCCAAUGGCUUUUCGAAUGGCUUCCCGAAUGGCUUUUCGAAUGGCUUCCCGAAUGGCUUUUCGAAUGGUCACCCCGAGAUAAUGAUGCUGCUACGUCUGGAAGACUAUGGGUGUGCAGGUGAGAACAAGCUGGCAGGGCCAACUGGAGAGAAAGGGGAGGACGAGGGGAAGGCGAAGCAGGGAGGAGGGGAAGGGGGGCAAGGGGAUGCGGAGGAGUGGGAUACUGUGCUGAGCCACAUACAGCAGGUUGCUGCUGCUGCCUCUGUUGAGUCGGAUAAUGUUGGGCUGGACACUUGGAUGCUUGAGGACAUAGUAGCCCUCAAUGGGUUGACUAUAGAGGGUGUGACUAUAGAGGGUGUGGCUCCAAAUGGUGUGACUGUGGAGGGUACGGCAUCAAAGUGUGUCACUGUAGAGGGUGUGACAGCAGCAGGUGAUGCGGAGGAGAUUUAG